GCCGGGCAAGCCAUCGGUUGCCAUGGAAACAAAUACACAAACUUUCAAACGUCAUGAACUACUUUGCAAUGUAGAGCAAAUUGCUUCCCCUCCCUAUUCCGACUUCUUCGACCCAUAAAGUACCUACGGCAUCAGGGAGAAUUUGUGUAUAACCUUGAUUUUAAUGUGAUAAAUGGGAGAAUGUCUUAUCUCAGUUCAUCCUAAUAUUGUUGAGAUUCAAAAACUGGGAAAUAUCUUUUUAGGAUUAAUAGAAAUUUGUAGAUAAAUAACAUCAGAUUCAAUUGUGCAUGGUGAGAAUCAUGAAGAUUGAUUAUGGAUAGAAUUCAUAUUUAACUUAAAGAAGCAAUGAACAACUGUGCAGAAAAUGAGAAGAUAAAGGAGGGUGACUCUCCUAAUGAUUCAAAAGUGCCAAAAUGGCUUCAAGAUAUGUCAAACAACGUGAAACAGAAGCGACCGGGAUCAUGGAGAAUGUCACAUCAUGUGCAUGAAAGUGAGACUGAUAUACCCCACAGUCCAAUAAACAUAGAUGCUCCAAAGUCUUCCGGAAGUGGGCUGAUUUCUUUAUUUGAUGACCUUCGUGUGGAAUCUCGAUCAUCCAGAGGGAGUGACAUUUUGAGUCCUCGACGGGAAGGAUCUGCUCGUCAUGGAAGAAGAGCUAUCCAAGUAUCUGAGUCUCAGUCAGCUGGAAGUAGUCCUUAUGAAUCAUUACAUCCUACUCCUGGAUACAAUGAAUUCAUGUACUCAUGUGAAACACCUGAUCUUCUCAGUGGCAGGAGUACUCCGUCUAAAAAUAGAAUAGAUAAUUUCUCUCCUGGAAGUGAAACAUCUUUACUUUCAAAACAUGAAUCUAACAUUGCAUCAGAGGUUUUGCCUCCAAAGGAUGAAAAUAACUCUUUGGAAGAAUCAUGGAAUUCCCUAACAUUUUUUAAUAAAAGGCAUAGGGGUCGAUUAAGCAGAAAAAGAGAUGGUACUACAUCAUCUCCCACACAUUAUUCUGGAAGUGGACAUGAGAGCUCUGAAACACCAUCAACAACAGCCACAAUACGAAUAACUCCUCCAGAUUUUAUUAUUCCAGAAUUGCCAUCUGGUCAUCUCUUAGAUUUCAAUAUUCGUUCUACAUGGGGUGAUAAACAUUACUUAGGUUUAAAUGGCAUUGAAAUUUUUUGCAGUACAGGUGAACCUGUGCAAGUAACAAAGAUAUGGGCAGAUCCUGCAGAUAUUAAUGUACUCCCUGAAUAUAAUAAAGAUCCUCGGGUAGUAGAAAACUUGUUGGAUGGGGUGAAUCGAACACAUGAUGACAUGCACCUGUGGCUUGUGCCCUUCACUCCUGGUGCCCAUCAUUACAUCCAUAUGGUGUUCCAUCAUAAAGUGCAAUUAGCAAUGAUUCGAAUAUGGAAUUAUAAUAAGUCAAGAAUACAUUCAUAUAGAGGUGCACGAGAUGUUGAAAUAUCUCUUGAUGGAGUCAAGAUAUUUCGAGGAGAAAUAGCAAGAGCUUGUGGAGGAAUCUUGGGAGGAACAGAAGCAUUUGGAGAUACCAUUCUCUUUACAACAGACGAACAGAUCUUGGAAUCAAUGUCUCAUUUUGACAACUCAUUUUCUAACGUAUGGUGUGAGGCAAAACCAGAACCAGUUGCAGAGAUUGAAAGGCCAGUCACUGCCUACUGCUGUGGAGAGAGACCGUUUACAUGUGCCAGAUCUAUUAAUACAAACACAUUGGAUGAAAAUAAUGUAGUUCUGGGUGGACAAAAGCUAGAAAUCAACAUUCUGGAGAACUGGGGUCAUCCAGCAUUUCUUGGUUUAACUGGAUUUGAAAUUAUUGGAGAUUCUGGUUUACCUAUAGCCAUUGAGCCUCAGUACUUCCACUGUAGUAUUUCUUCUCCAGAUAUCUACAGACUGAUUGAUGGUACAAAUCUUACCACAGAUGAAAAUCAUAUGUGGCUUUGUAAUGUUCCUGAUUAUGAAUCAGUCACUUUAACUGUUACGUUUCCUACAGUCCAUUAUAUUGUGGCAAUAAGGUUGUGGAAUUACAAUGCAUCUCAAGAUAUGACAUAUUGUGGGGUUAAAAUUCUGACCUUGCUUUUGGAUGGAAAACUUGUGUCUGGGAAUACAACUAUACGACGAGCCCCAGGAAACUGCCAUUUUAAUUUUGUUCAAGAAUUGCAGUUGACUGGGAGUAAAAAUUAUAAUAUAACAGAUGACCACUCAUGCCGCAGUCAUUCAGACCAAAAACAAUCAUUCCAAUUAGAACAUAAUGAUGCUAUGGAUCUAGAAAACAUGAAAGCCAAGAGUGUAUCAUUGCAACGUCUGUUCACAGAAGAAGAGAAUGAGAAUAGAAGGCUUGGAAUUAUAUCUCAUUUGUCCAUAUCUCAAUCUGCUGAAAGUCUUCAUUCAAGGGACAUCACGCAAGAAUUAUCCAACUUAAGAUCUCAUUCUGUACCUCCUCCAAUGCAUUUGAGAGUUAAUGUAGAUCCUGAAUAUGAAGCUCCAUUUAUGCCUCAAGGAUUUAUUUUUCAAUUACUUUUAUUCUCAACAUGGGGAGAUAUGUAUUAUGUAGGACUGAAUGGAUUAGAAAUAUACGACAACGAAGGCUGCAAAAUACAGUUGACUGAGAAUAAUAUAGGAGCUUAUCCUGAAAGUGUGAAUGUUUUGGAGGGUGUAGAUAAUGAUGCUCGAACUCCUGAUAAACUUGUUGAUGGAAUUAAUGAUACUUUUGAUGGGCGUCACAUGUGGCUGGCUCCAAUACUACCUAAUCAACUAAAUCGGGUUUACAUAGUGUUUGAUUAUCCAGUGAAAGUGUCAAUGAUCAAACUUUGGAAUUAUGCAAAAACACCUUCUAGAGGAGUUAAAGAAUUUGGAAUUUUAGUUGAUGAUUUGGUUGUGUAUAAUGGUAUUCUUGAAAAAGUACCUCCUCAGAAUUGUGUCAGUUAUCCAGAAGUACCUAUAAAAGUGCCUUACUGUACAAUUAUUUUUACACAGGAUGAAACAUUGGUUUCCGAAACUUCAGAUAAUACACGAAGUGUUAGCAGAAAGUCACAGGUCAACUGCCAGCAAAGAGUAACAUCAGGAAGUGAUUCCUGUUAUUCUGCAGAUCAGUCUCUGAGACCAUUCACAUCACUAAUGCCACGAAAUAGUCAUACUAUGAAUGUUUUAUGACUGACAUAAUUGUGUGCAUAUCUUCUUUCCAGUGAUGCCUUAAAUGCCUCUCUUUAAUUAAUAUAAUUAUUAACAGUACAAUGAAAAAGCUUUUAUCUCAGGAAGUAGAAAGGUAUUGAAAAUAUUUAGUGAAGCAUAAUUUUAAGCAUUACCUUUGAAAAAUUGUUUAUAGAAUCAAUUGAACUUCGUGAGAAUUAAUCUACAACAGUAGAUAUUUUACAAGAUACAAUACUGAAGAGUUGUGGUACCUAUGGCAGAAAUGUUCUCUAAUGUAAAUGCAACAAAUUGCUUUUGAACAUUUUACAAUUUUAAUAAGUGUUUAUGUAAGUUUCAAUGUGUCUACGGAGAUCAGUUCAUAUUUAAUAGAUGAACCAUUUUGAAAGUAUUCUGGAAAUAAAAAAGCUGUAGUGAAAUUAGCUAUUGUUCUCUAAAAAUUAAUGAUAUUGUUACCAAAAGUAAAUGUAUAUUUUUUCUUGGAAUUUAAUGCAGUAAACUUGCAUUCUUGAUUAUUUUCUCAAACGUGUUAAUUGUUACAGAAAAACCACAAUAUUUUGUUUUGCCAAUUCUUCGUUGAUGUUAAUUAUCAUUCAUUUAUCUUUCUUUAAUGAUUGUAGAAGUUAUAUCUAAGCAGUACAAAAAAUAAUAGAAAGAUGAAUUACUAAUGACAGCAAUCUAGUUACAUAAAGCUGGGUUACAAUUUUAAAUUUUUACUUUCUUUGAAAUAGGUACUGGCAUAGAAAAUAAUGAAAUCUAAUAAAAAGUAUGAAAAAGACACAAUAAUCUAAAUUUGCUCUCAAAUGUUUUGCUUUUCUAUCAGAAUGUCGAUGGAGUCGAAUGUCGCUUAUGGAGUCUUUUAUAUAUAUAUUUCAACACACUGAUUUUUUUUUCUCAAUAUAACAUAUUGAAAAAAUAAUAAUGAACAUGUAAAUUAAAUUCUGUUGUUGGGAGAAUGUAAAUUAAUGAAGGUAUCUGAUAAUGUAGAAAUUAUAAAACAUUGUUUAUAUUUAUCUCAGUGACUUGUUAUGCAUGAUCACAAUCGUCUGUUUGGGAUGACUUAUAAAAUCAAUUAAUCAGUCUAAAGAAUGACCAUUAUUUCAGAAAAAAAACAAGUAGAUCAUUUGGCAAAUGCUUUUAUAUACUAAGCACCUUGCUGCCUGAAAGAAAGAAGAAAAAGAAGAGACUGAGUUUUAUUGCGAUUGAAAUAGUUAGAUUUGAUGUUAUUAAAUAAUUUGGUACACAAGAUAUACUUAUGUGAAAUCAUCAAACAACAAAUUUAGUUAUGUCCCAAUGAUGAUGAGGUUUUCAUCCUUUUACUUAUUCCUUUUGAAUUGUAUUAAUAUUAUAUAUAAUCUCUAAAAUUUAAAAAUACCAAACGUUCUUUAAAAAUACCAAACAAAAAAAAAAACUCACAGAAAUACAUCCUGAAGAUUCUUACAAAUUCAAUGAAAUCUUAUAUUCUCUAAAAUUGAAUUUGUAAAAUCACUACUAAUGACGAAUGUUCUGGAAACCAAAUGUUAGAAUAUUUCAUUAUUAAAGCAAUUAUUUUAUUUGUAAUACCCAGAGAAGUAAAGAUUUGAAUUCUUUGCAAAUGAAAAAGUGCAAUUUUAUACAAAAACAUCAAUUUUUUUUAUGAAGACUAAUAAAAAUAGGUUCAAUGACUUCACCUCUCUUCACAUGAUUUUAUGUUAUUACUCUCACUUCUGAAUGCUUUAGAAACAAAAGAUAGUUGAAAGAAAAAAACUACAAAAUUCUAAAGAUGUUAAAAUGGUUGGUAAGUAAAUUCUUGAGGAGAUCUGAUAGUAAUUAGAAAACCUCUCAUGCAUGAAUUAUUGAAGACUGAAGCCUGUGGUAUAUUGCAUUAAUCUGGAGGGGUUAUUCUCCUUUUGGAGAUUGAAAAGACUGGUGUGGAAAAGAACAAUUAUUAUAAUCAGAAAUCACACAGAAUUAAUUUUGGAGUUUGAGUUGCCUAAUACUUUUGUACUAAAGCAUUUUGUUUAAAGGGACAAUGAGAAUUUGCAAUAAAAGAAAUGAACAUUUUG